AGAUACUAUAAACUCUAGGUUUACGAUUUAGUAGGCAGUGGUUCAGACGGAUGACAACAAAAGAGGUUGUUAAAGGGGGAGGUAGUGGAAUAGAAUUUGAAUUGAAUUAUUUUGCGUUGAUUUGGUAAGAUUAUAUUAAGGCGGUGAAAGUGACAAAGAAUAUGAAGAGAAGAAAUGCCGAAUGUGGCAAGCUCCGGAGGCCUUUAAAGCGAAACAAAAUUACUGAAGGAAUUUAUGGAAGUACAUUACUCUACCUAAAGUUUCUAGUAUUAUGGGCCCUGGUGUUGCUUGCUGAUUUUAUCCUGGAGUUCCGAUUUGAAUUCCUGUGGCCAUUUUGGCUGCUACUUCGAAGUGUCUACGAUUCUUUCAAAUAUCAGGGCUUGGCCUUCUCGGUUUUCUUUAUUUGCAUCGCUCUCACAUCAGAUAUGAUCUGUUUUUUCUUCAUCCCAGUCCACUGGCUCUUCUUUGCAGCCAGCACAUAUGUAUGGGUUCAGUAUGUCUGGCACACAGAAAAGGGUGUUUGCCUUCCUACUAUUAUCCUAUGGUUACUGUUUGUAUACAUAGAAGCAGCGGUUAGAUUACGAGACCUACGGCAUCUUCCAUUUCAUUUGGACUUAUGCAGGCCAUUUGCAGCUCAUUGUAUCGGAUAUCCAGUAGUCACAUUGGGAUUUGGAUUUAAAAGUUAUGUAGGGUACAGAAUGCGUCAGAGAAAGCAGAAGGAUGUAUCAAAAGAGAAUGAGUUUUAUAUGCAGCUUCUGCAACAAGCAUUACCAUUAGAACAGCAACAGACACAGCAGCCAUUGCCUCAGCAACAGCAGCAACAGUCCUGCCACAAUACUAGUCCAGAAAAAAGUAGAGGAGGUCCAUCUUCUGUAGAAGUAGGAAUCUCAAAUGGAAUUGUGCACCACACAGCUCCAGUACCUCAGACCUCCACUACAAAAAAUAAUCACAGAAAAUCCCUGGACAAAGGGGAACGAGAAAAAUGUGUGGAGGUUGAAAAUAAAUCAUCCUCAUCCGAAAAAGCUGUCAGAUACUCACAUACCAAUGGCAGCAUUCACACAGAACUAGAGUUCAUCGAGAGGGUGGGGUAUGUAAAGUCAGUUAAUGACUUUGAUGAAAAUGAAGUCGAAAAAGAUAAGAGUGUGAAAGGGUCUGUACAACCUUUGAAAAGCAACUCUUCCAGCAAAUGGAGUAACAAUCAGGCACGUGAGAAUGCCGUCAACUCACAACGUGAAAAGAAAAACAAAGCAAACAGAGAAAAUGCUGACAGUGCAAAUCAUCAUAAAGAUGAAUACUGCUUAAGGCUGGAAGCUGAUGUUAAGAGACUAAAGACUGAUCUUCAGUCCAGUAGACAAUUGGAGCAGGAUCUCCGUAGUCAAAUAAAUACACUGAUCUCUAGUGAGAAGAGUAUUAAAAAUGAGCUGGCCCAGUUGCAGCAGGAUAAUGAUGACCUACAAUCAAAGCUGCAUGGUCUGGUGACUGCUCGUCAAAUGGACAAGCAAAUCAUUUCUCAGUUGGAACGCCGGCUGCAAGAAGAACGACGUUUGCGAAACUCUUGUGAAGCACAGUUGGCUGCUGAACGAAAGGCCAAAAAGGCAGAAGAGGCAGCAGCAGCGCGAGCUGUUGCCAUGGCAACUGCUACAAAUAAGAAUGAAUGCACAGAAAGUUGUCGGGCCAGGCGACGUGAUCUUGAAACAGAGGGUAAACAGCUGCGACGGGAACUCAAACUUAAAGAUGAUAGGUACCUGGCAGCUGAACGAGAGAUGCAGAGCCUACGGCAGUAUAAAGAAAGUCAUAAUGAGACAGAAAUAUUGAUGUCAGCUCUGUCUGCUAUGCAAGACAAGAAUGCUCAUCUAGAAAACAGCCUCAGUGCAGAGACCCGCAUCAAGCUUGAUUUGUUUUCUGCUCUUGGGGAAGCCAAACGUCAGCUUGAAAUAAGAGAGAGUGUAAUCCGAGCACAAGAAAAGGAAAUAGAAGAAUUAAAGAGCAAAAUAGCGCAGGUAUUAGCAGUGAUGCCGACAGACACAUUUGGUCCUGGUCCAACAAACAGUAGUGGGAUGUCAAAGCUGCGACUGGCUGAGACACCAAGCCCCUGCCCUGGCUGUACUGUGUCUAACCUUGACCCUAAUGCUACAGCUUACACCCCUAAGGGUAGUCUCAUAGCAUCGACAGAGGCCUGAAUUGUCACCAGGCAAGUGUAAAUAACCACGGGACAGCGUAAAAGAGAGGAGAAGAGUAAAAUGUAGUAUUCUGUACAGCAACAAAGUUGAAUAUGUUGGGCACUUUCCCAUGACAUUCUUUCUUCUUACUGUAGUCAAACUUUUUUCACACUAUUUUCGUGGCUGCUCUUUUCCUGAUUUUGAAAGUUGGGCAAAUUACCUUCAUCUGAAUGGUUACACAUGGCAGAAUUGCUGUUUGCCAGACUUUGUACAAUAUUAACAUUUUGUGACCCAAGCAUCAGAGGAGCGCCUAAUUUACAUCGCCUGUACUUGCGGGCUUCCGUACCAUACAUUUCUGUUCAGUCUUGGAACAUGCCAAAGUAAAAGCUGUUACACAAUUUGACCAUGUUGCCUUCCAUUUUUCAGUAUGUGCAGUAUACUUGGUAACUUAUUUAUGCUUCAUGUGAUAAUGGCUGUGGAUCAGUGUCUAACUGUAGGGUAGUGACUGUUGAACGAGUACAAUGUGAAUGCUUUCAAAUAUUUAUUUCUUGCACUUUGUUUGUAGUUGGUGGUGAAUUAAUUUAAGGCGCAGAUUCUUCACGGAAAAUGAAAGUUGUCUACUGAUCCACAUUACCUAUCAUAGCGAAGGUGGAUUACUGCUUCUCAUUUUUGAAGUGCUGAACAGAUAUUUGAGUAAGCCUGUAGGCAUGCUACAAGUGAUAUUCUGAGUUCAGCACUUUCAUUUACUUGUCAUUUUUCUGGCUGUGCCAAGUUGUUGCAUUUAGUGCAUAGUUCCAUGUGUUCAGUUUCUUAGAUGUGUUCUCACGGGAUAUAUGUAUUACCUUGAUGGAAAUGUCCAAAAUUGUCUCAAGAUCUAUUGCUGGAAUGACUGACUCUGUAAUUUGCCUCAUGAAAUUCAAAGAAGUGUGUUAAUUUAUUAACAGCUGGUUUGGUUCCAGUGCCUCUCUUCUCAUAUUUAUCCUCUUCUCCCUUCUCUUAACUUACUGUGAUGUAGCUCUUGAAAGAGUGUGAGGAGCAGGACACAGGCAGAGAACAGUGAUUUGUUCUGUAAUUAUAUCAGUUAUUUAUUACGAUGCAGUAGUCUGGUAGAAAUAACAGUGCAUAUGGAUGUCACAUUUUGGCAGUUUUAUCUAAAAAUUCAUGAGUAUCCACUUCGGUUACAGGAACAUUAUUUUUCACCAAUCAUGCUUACAACUAUAGUGUAAAAUGUUCAUAUCUUGGUGUAUCAUAUUGGAAGUUCUCCAUUGCAGAAAUGGGUAUUAAAGUGGCAGAAUAGCUUAGUAGAUUGUUUUGUUUAAUUUAAUAUACUCUUUAAUCAGUACAUGUUGCAACUGCACUUGUCACAGAACUACCUGCAAAUAAAAAUUGAAUGUGUAAUUUCAAAAAUGUACUGAAAACUGUAGUUACUGCUGACUGGUGUACAUUGGACACUGUAUGCUGAUGACUUACAUGUGGUAAGUUUUGGUUAGUUUAAAUUAGUGAAAGUUACAUAUAAUGGUAAUUAUAAUUUUGGUACAGUUUUCAAUAUUACAGACAACUUCUACAUGGUUAGUUUAAAUUAGGGAAAUUUAAAUAUGGAAUUACAAUUUUGUUACAGUUAUAAUAUUACAGGUGACUUGUACAUGCAGCAAGCAUAUCACCACUAUCAUUGAAUGCCACAGCAUGUAAUGUACUCUAGCUUGUUACUUUCCUGAUCCAUGUGUACUGAAUGUGGUAGUCUUUAACUUUCCAUAUUUGUUAUUGUUACCUUUCAUAGAUUUAUAGUUUAGAAGUCAGAAGAACUGCCAUAGCAUUUUGUAUUAUGGAGUCCAGUGAUAUUGACAAGUCACAGUGUUCCUGCCCAAACCUGCAACCUCCAUCACAUCAGAGUUGCUACAAGUAAUGCCUGUCUUGUUUGCCUGCUGCUGCUGCUGCUGCAGUAAUAUUGCAUCAGGGUUUGACCCUUCUUUCCAUAGAAUACAUGGAAAGAUGUCAUGCAGGACAGAAAUGUUUGAUUCAUAUUGUUGACCCAGUAGGGGCAUUAGCUUCCCUAUCGAAUUGCUUCCAUGAUGUUUAUUAUUUAACAGUGUUCUGUGUAGGUCACUGCGAUUUAAAUACUCUUGGUUUAUUGCUGCUUAGAUUGCAGCAAAUCCAAAUGAAGGUUGGUAGCAUUAUGUAGGAGAGUGUCUCUUUUUUUUAUUGUGUGAUAUAUUGCAUGUAGACUUAGAUUGUAAAUAUUUAAUUAUAAGUAUUAAAACAAAUUAUUUUUUCAUUCUGUAUUUAAAAGAGCACAAAGGUACUGUAAUAAACCUCAACAUUUCUAGGAACUUUAUUUUAUGUAUGCAUGUAUUUCUCCAUUACUAAAUUAGAAAUAUGCAUUUAGGUACGUGUUCAGGUUAAUUUCCUGGCACUGCCCAACUUUGAAGUACUUAAUUAAAUAUUGGUUAUUUGGUUUAUCAUUCGUGAUAAAUUAAUAAAAAGUACCUUGAUCCGUUACUGUUGCUUGUGCUGUUCAGAACUCAUAAAAUCACUUUCAUGCACAAACACAUACCAGUGUUGCAGCAGUUGAAGGAAACUAUUCAGUAUUUUAUAUAUUUUGAUAAUGUGCACGCUGCUUUCCAAAAGCAUAGAGAGUAUGAUUUUGAUUUAAUAUUUUAAAUUGUUAAACAGUUUAAUUUUAUUUGAAAUGUUCUUGUAGAACAAUGCUGAAAGUAAUUUUGCCUUGUUUCUGUUGUUAACAAAGUCUAUCAUGUUCCUCUACUUUUCUUCUGCUAGGUACUGUAAUUGAUAUUGUAAACAAUAUCCUUUCAAUGAGCAACAAUACAAUUCUGCUCAUUGCUUUUGUAUAUUGAUUUGGGUUGUGUUCACUGAAUGUCUAGAUGAAUGUACUGCCUUAUGUUUAAAAUCUUAUGUCUUGUUCAUUCUAUUAGAGUGCGAUCUAAAAUUGUCAUUAUGGUUACAGAUAAAUCUAAUGAUCUCGAAAUCAAAGCAAAAUUAUUGUUUAUGACAGAAGUUUAUUUCAUGUUCACAUGUUUGCUAGUCUCUACUGGGUCAAUUCGGGACAUUUUGCAAUUUUUACUUGAAUCAGGGGGAUUGAUCUUACUGCACACAUCUUAGUUUCAUAUUCUUGUGUGCUUGAUGUUUUGUAAAAUGCUUUGCAUACUUUAAUAUUACAAACAUGAAAGCUCUGUUGAUCUUAAUUAUAAAAGAUUAAAUUAAUUUACUAAUUCCUUGAUAGAUGAUUUUUUUUUUGUUGUAUAAGGUACCCACGUACUGUUUUAAAUACUGAUAGAAGUGUGUGUGCCUAAUUCCAGUGAUGGAUGAUUUAAUAUAAUGAUUGUUUUUACUUAUUAUAGGCAUGUGCAUGAUGAAAAUGUGAUAAAGCAUAACAAGGUAACUUUUACUAGACUGUGGCUGUUAUUUAGAAGCUAUACAACCUAAUUAGGUUCCACACUCUUAUUCACCAGAUAAGGAACCCAGUAACCUUACUGAAAGGAUCUGCAAGAGGGUGUUGAUAAUAGGAACUGCUGCUUUAUUACACAGAAUUUUAUUGUACGCAUGAAAGGAUAGUAACAGACAUGUGGAUUAGCUAUGUUUCAUGCACACCAUAUUGUGGAUGGACAGUCGUGCUAAUGAACAGAAAAGAUAAGAGGGCAUGUGCUUUUGUACCAGAGAUUUCCAACAUUUUCAUUAGACACACAUCAGUACAGUUAGGAAUCAUUUGCUUUGCAAAAUAGAAAUGGUCUUCGUACUAAACUUAAUUGUUGCUUUACAGUAUUGAGUAAUAUACUAUCCAUUAUAGAAGUGGUUUAUAUUGGCUUUCAGUACACCAUAUUUCCCCCCCCCCCAUUUUGAAGAAAAUGACAUUGUAGACUAUAUGGGGAAAAUUAUGUCAUGGAGUAUCUGUGAUUAUGUCAGACUUAUAACAUCACUAGCCAAACUUUUACAUCCAGAAUCCUGUACCAUAUGUAAAAGAAUCUGAAUUUUGGACAGAGCACAUUGAAUGUGCCUUUAAAAUGCCCUGAAUAUAUUUAUCUGUAUACACCUGCCUAAAAUAUUUUCAAAGGAUAUUGAAGUUGUUUUGUUUGUUAUUAUUUGAUGCAGCUCAUUUUCCAUGCACUUAAGAGAAAAAUGUAAUUCUUAAUAAAAUAUAUUAAAUGAAACUACUAACAUAUUUUAUUAGUUAAGUUCUGAAGGUAUUCUGAAAUUAUUUGGGCAUACAGGUUAAAAAUGAUAUGAUUUUAGACUUAAGUGCAGGAUGCCCCCAUAUUAUGAAAGGGAUAUUUUGCUAAAAAUUUGUCUCUAUCAUGAAAUUCCAAAAUAUGAGCCCUAUUUUUCCAUUUAGUUCCCUUGUAAGUGAAGAUGAUUUUCUGUGGCCCCUUUUUCUUUCACAGUUGUAAUGAAAACAUGUUUACCUGUCAGAAACAGUAGUAUGCAGACAGCUGAAAUAAGGGAAGUACUUUGUAUAAUCUAAAUAUGUUGGGAAUAGCAUUCAGCUUUCCAUUUAUCCCUCCUAUGUCACUGGUGUAUGCACAUAGGCUACCCAAUGGCUAGCUACAUAUCCUGCUGCAAUAAUGACAUGUGCAUAUGCAAUCUGAAUUUAUUAAAAAGUGACAAUUUCUUUAAAAAUUGUUUUAGAUGAAUUUUGUGUUUAAAAAUCAUAUGUUAGUACAAGUGAAUUUAAGGUCUGUAUUAUGAUUUUUAUGGCCACGUUUUAUAAUUUGCAUAAGGGCAAAAUUCCUAACUCAAAUGUCUGUAAUGUUGGGAUGUAUUGUGUUCAGAAUACAGCCUUUAGCAUUUUGA